AUGUCAUCAAGUAUGUCGAAGAGUUCUUUGAGCUUCAUUGGGCGAUGUAGGCCCAGUCAAUCAACCGCGGUCUCAUCUCGAACUUUCUCCACCACUACUUCAUGUAGCGCUAUUGGACCUGAAAAUCCUCGAUUUAUUGAAAUACCCACCACUCAACAGCCAGACGCCCGGGGACAUAGAGAUAUUAAAGGAACUUUACCUCCCCCACGAAAUCUUUUUCCCAACCGCGGCCCCGACAAGAUCUCGAAAAAGUAUCUAGAUUCUGUGACUCGUGAGCCCUCGCAACCUCCGAAGAACCCAAACGAUUAUGUUGCGUGGAAGCAUCGGCUAGCAACUCAGCGACGUGAGAGCUUGAAGGAAGCGUUGGUAAAUCUUCAUAAGAGGAAAUUGACCCAGGAGCGCAUAGUUGCACACAAGAGCUACUCGAAACGAAUGGCCAAUGAAAAGAGACUAAAGGCCCCCCAACGAGAGGAUGAAAGACUGAUGAACCCCACGAUUACGGAAGCUAUGUCGAAACUGCAAGUAGGCUUUGUUCCAGAUCCAAAUAGAGAGAGUGAACUGGCACAAAAGGCAUUAAGGGUGCAAAUUAGGGCGGCUGAAAGGGAGGAACAGAGGAAGAACGCGUUACAUACGCUGUACAUGAAGGCUCGGUCAUUCAUCACGACAGAAGAGCAAUUGAAUGCUAAGAUUGAUGAGAUCUUCACGAAUCCUUUCGACAAAAACGCACCUUACAAGAGAAAUAUCUGGGAGGUGCAUGAGAAACCACCCACUGUCCAGGAUAUGCUUUCAGGCGUCAACAAUUCCCAUAAGACUGCCGUCGGAAAAUAUUCGCAUCCUGCUGUAAUCACUGGAACCAGAAUGCAGCACAUCGCAGAAGAAUUAACGGGUGGAAAGAUGGACUAG